AUGUCCGAAGAUCGCCAGUCUCUGAAUUCGAACGAGCGGGAUGGUAGGACCGGCUGCAAUCACUACACCGACCUUUUGAUUCCCAAAGAACCGCUGGCCCCAGGCGCACAGUCGCAGCCGCCAACAGAGCAGGCUCACAACCAGGCACAGGCACAAGCCCGGCUACGUGAAUGUGAGCAGGAUCAGACAUCCGACGAGCUCUCUCUAGAUACCAGCGACAAGGUCUCAGCCACUAUUCAGGCACAACUGGCAGAUAUCCGGAUCCGCAACGCCACGGAUUCAUCGCCAGAGUACCAGACUCCCUGCCAGGAAUCGUGCAACGCGCAACGACAGGCCACAGCGGAACCACUGGGUAUCACGGCAGUUAACAACGCAGAGUUGGACAGACCCAAAGCGGAAGACUUGGCGAAAAUUCUUGUCGCAACCCCUAUUCCCACGAUCAUUCUCAACUCUGACCUACAUAUCAUCCACCUGUCGGACAGCUACCUCGCGAUUUUCGAACCGCACAAGCCCGAGUAUCUUGGUCGACACAUCGCCAGCGUGGAGCCCACAACAGUCCCAAUACCAGAUAUCAAAACUCUCCUUGAUGUGAUUCAGACUGCUAUUUCAACUCACAAUAUCCAGAUGAUACCCGAUACUGGAGACAGUGGGUCUCCCUUGAAUUGUAAAUUGCGGGUUACUCCGAUAUUCGAGGCCAACAGUCUCCUUUACGUGAUUCUUGAAGCCCUCAACGUGUCCAGUCCGGAGCUACGGUCCAAAAUCCACGAGCAUGCCUACGCCACUGAAACGUAUCGCGUGCUUGUUGACACGGUGAGCGAUUACGCAAUCUUUAUGUUGGAUACCAAAGGCAUUGUUACCACUUGGAAUGCAGGCGCGGCUAUUCUUAAAGGUUAUUCUGCCGUUGAAGCCAUUGGCAAACAUUUUUCUCUGUUCUAUGGUGAAGAGGAUCGUCAAAAGGAUAAGCCGGGGAAAGAAUUGGUUUUUUCAUUACGUAACGGCAAAGUGGAAGAUGAAGGCUGGCGUUAUCGUAAGAAUGGUUCUAAAUUCUGGGCGAACGUCACUAUCACCCCGGUAUAUGAAGCUGGCCACCACAUUGGCUUCGUCAAGAUUACCAGAGACCUGACUGAGAGAAGGACUGCUGAGGCUCGCCUAAUUGCCGCAUACGAGGAAACUUCAAAACUGAAGAAUGACUUCCUCGCCCACAUGAGCCAUGAGAUACGCACCCCCAUGAACGGAGUCCUUGGAGCCCUGUCGGUAUUAAAUAGCACAGAUCUCUCCGAGCAGCAACGUGAAUGUACGGAGAUUAUUGAAAAUUCGACAUCGAUUCUAUUACAGAUAAUUAACGAUAUUCUUGAUUAUUCAAAAUUGUCCUCGGGCUCUUUCUCUCUGACUACUGACGUCUUCAAUGUUGAAGAGACAGUCGAUGCUGUUAUUCGGAAAUACAAAUCUAGCAAUUCAGAAAUCGAGUUAAAGAGUAUAAUUGACCCGUCCUUCCCUCGACACGUCCGAGGAGACCCCUUACGCUUCCGCCAAGUCCUUCAACACCUAGUUGACAAUGCAGUCAAGUUCACAGAACGAGGUUACGUCCACGUCAAGACGAAAUUCGAAGAAGACAGUGAUGAUUUUUUGGUGACAGUGGAAGUUAUCGAUUCUGGCAUCGGCGUUACGGAAGAAGCUAUGAGCACCUUGUUCUCUCCAUUUACUCGUUCGGCAGAUUCCACCACAAAACGAUACCAAGGCACUGGACUUGGACUAUCAAUCUGCAAAAGCUUGGCAGAACUCAUGGGCGGUACGGUAGGGUAUGCCGUGAAUCCUGAUGGUCAAGGCAGUGUAUUUUGGCUUAAAAUUCAUCUUGGUCGCAUCGAUCCUCCUGCGAUCAGAACAGCCAUUUUCCCAUCAUCCAACCCAUGUGAGGACAUCAAAAAAGUUGCUCGAAGUAAACAUCUUCUGGUUGUGGAGGAUAAUAUAGUAAACCAGGUGAUACUGAUGAAGAUGCUCAAAACUCUCAACUUCCAGCGCAUUGACGCCGCUUGGGAUGGAGUGGAAGCUGUGAGCCUGGUACGGAAGAAACCCCUUGCGUACGACGUCAUACUCAUGGACAUCAGUAUGCCAAUGAUGGAUGGACUUGAAGCCACCAGGAUCAUUCGUGGGAUGAAAAACGAAGCUCCUAUUAUCGCGGUGACAUGCAAUACUCUCAGGGAGAAUUUUGACUCGUAUAUUGCAAAAGGGAUGAAUGACUACCUUCCUAAGCCCAUUCACCGAAAGGAUCUCGCCCGGGCACUAUUACAGUGGAUCAGCGUACCAGAAAUCGAUAAUCAGAAAAGAAGUUUGGUCUCUAGAGGGGGCCAAGAGUCGACGUGA